AUGUCGUCUUACACAACUUAUUUUAGUGGUGACAACUGGGCCGCACAGGUGGGGACAAACCUAGGAACCAUCAACUUUAAUCAAUCUGCGCCUAAGAGAUCCUCGACUCCUCCCACACCCUCGCUAGUCAUCCCGUACCGCCGCGACCCCGACUUCGUCGAUCGCAAUGUCCUCACCGACCUCUGGCAGAAAGCCUUCAAACCAGAAGCGCGGGUCGCUCUGACCUGGGUGUUCUGGGUACACGCCAGUACCGUCACCCGGUUUGAGGAGAGCUUUCGCACCAUCGCGACGUCUCUACGUCUCCCGGGCCUCCACGAGCCGAACGCCGAUGUGCUGGGAACGGUGCACGGAUGGUUAUCGGAUGAGCGCCAAGGCCGAUGGACGAUGAUCGUGGACAACGCAGACGACCGCGAUGUCUUAUUCACACCACGGGGUGGAGAGACACAAGGUGGAACGGCGGUCAGAUCUGAAGAUCGGCCACUGACCGAAUUUCUCCCCAUCUCACGCCAUGGGUCGCUCGUGGUCACGUCGCGCAAUCAAGAGGUGGUGAGCAGAUUGCAGGUGUAUCACGAAGACGUGCUAGAAGUGCGGCCUAUGGCUGUGGAUGUGGCGACGGAAUUGUUCCUCAAGAAGCUGAAGAAAGGAGAUGGAGGAGGAAAGUCGAGUGUCGAGGCGGUGGAGCAGCUGGUUCGGCAUCUCGAUUGUAUGCCGUUAGCGAUUAGCCAAGCAGCUACAUAUAUCGACCAAUGUGCUCCGCGGAUGACGGUAUCCCGGUAUAUCAACAUCCUCACGAAGAGUGAUAGCGAACGGAAUCGACUUCUCCAGAAAGACAUUCGCGAUUCCCGCCGAGAUCGGCAAGCGUCGAAUUCGAUCAUCAUGACCUGGCAUAUCACAUUUACACAUUUACGGCAGACACGAGACUCAGCGGCCCGACUACUGGCCCUGAUGUGUCUGUUUGACCGAGAAGCGAUCCCUGUGGAUCUACUUCAGGGUUGUUAUACGGAAGAGAAACCUAGUGAGAUCGACUUUGAGGGCGAUAUCGCGGCCCUACGAGAGUAUGACCUCAUUGGCAUCGGUGCAGACAAGAAUCUGUUUGAUAUGCAUCGAUUGGUGCAAUUAUCAACUCAGAAAUGGCUCGAAAUGCGUGGAGAGCUCGUCGAAUGGCAAGAACGAUAUAUUGACAUGAUGGGCAGAGUGUUUCCGCGUGGAGAGUACGAGAACUGGGCAACCUGCCAAGCACUGUUCCCUCACGUGGUCGUCCUCCAGCGACACGAUGUGUCCAGUGUCCCACAUCGUCGAGUCUGGGCGAAGGUGUUAUACCAUGGGUCAUGGUAUGCUUGGCAGCGUGGACAGUACGUCCAAGCAGAGACUAUGGUUCGAAGCAGCCUCACCAUCAGACAGGAAACUUUAGAGCCAGAGGAUAUGGAGGUAUUAGAUAGUACAGAAAUGUUAGCGCUAGUGCUACGAGAUCGGGGAAAGUACACCGAAGCGGAAGAGAUGAAUCGACGGGCCCUGGCGGGGAACGAGAAGAUGCUCGGAUCGGAUCAUCCCUACACGUUGACCAGCGUGAACAUUCUAGCAUCAGUGCUACGAUAUCAAGAGAAAUAUAUCGAGGCGGAAGAGAUGAACCGGCAGGCCCUGGCGGGGAGGGAGAAGGUGCUCGGAGUAGAUCAUCCUUACACGUUGAUCAGCGUGGGCAAUCUAGCAUCGGUGUUACGAGAUCAAGAGAGGUACACCGAGGCGGAAGAGAUGAAUCGACGGGCCCUGGCGGGGUUUGAGAAGGUGCUCGGAUCGGAUUAUCCCGACACGUUGAUCAGUGUGGGCAAUCUAGCAUUGGUGCUGCAAUAUCAAGGGAAGUACACCGAAGCGGAAGAGAUGAAUCGACGGGCCCUGGCGGGGUGCGAGAAGGUGCUGGGAGCAGAUCAUCCUUAUACAUUAAUCAGUGUGGGCAAUCUAGCAUCGGUGUUACGAUAUCAAGAGAAGUAUAUCAAGGCGGAAGAGAUGAACCGGCAGGCCCUGGCGAGGUGCGAGAAGGUGCUGGGAGCAGAUCAUCCUUAUACAUUGAUCAGUGUGGGCAAUCUAGCAUCGGUGUUACGAUAUCAAGAGAAGUAUAUCGAGGCGGAAGAGAUGAACCGGCAGGCCCUGGCGAGGUGCGAGAAGGUGCUGGGAGCAGAUCAUCCUCACACGUUAGCCAGCAUUUAUUGUCUGGCUGAUCUAUUGAGCGCUACUCAGCGAUUUCGCGAGUCUCUCAAGCUUUACGAUCGCGCGGUCGACGGAUUUCGCCAAGUUCUUGGUCCAGAACAUCCCAUAACAGUAGCUUGUCAACGAGACCAGGCUGCACUGAAAGAGCGCAUAGCUCUCGAGGUACUUCGUGGGAACAUUCAAGAUAUCGAUGGUUAA